AAAAUCACAUGACCAAAAAUCUCUUAAAAAGAUAAAAACUCCCAAAGCCAUUCCUACCAGACACUCCGAACUCCGAAGCAGAGCGAUCAAUCAGUUGAAUUUUGACUUUUGAGUUCUUCGUCUCCAGGGGGAGUGCUAAUGGCUGUCUCGGUGAAGCAGAUGUCACUUAUAGUGGCAACUCUUGGGGUUCUGUCAUUUAUUUUUGGGAUUAUCGCUGAAAAUAAGAAGCCGACUGCAGGGACACCAAUCCCUGGAAAAGAUGUUGUGAUUUGCAAGUACCCUUCCGAUCCUACAGUUGCCUUGGGAUACUUAUCAUUUGCAUUUCUCAUAGCAACUACUGUGUCCGGGUGGAUGUCUCUUGUUUACCCAUACAAAGGAAAGUCUGUCCCACAGUCUGCUCUAUUCCAAAGCACAAGCUUUGCUGUGUUCUUCAUCAUAGCAUUGUUAACAAGUGGAUUAGCUGCAGCACUGCUCUUGUGGCCAACAAUUACAGAACAACUUCACUUAUCUCACAAUGUUCAUCAUAAUCUCAAUACAGAUUGUGCUACCGCGAAGACUGGUCUCCUUGGUGGUGGCGCUUUUCUUUCUCUUGAUUCAGCACUCUUUUGGUUAGUUGCGCUCAUGUUGGCUGAUAAUGCUAGAGAGGACUACUUUGAUGAGGGAGAAGAUCAAAAAGGUCAAUAUGGCCAGGUUCUCGCAACUGAUUAUGUUGAACCUGCACAUUUGAAGGCCUCUGCAUAGCAAUAAGAUUAUGAAUGUUUCAUGCCAUUGACCUUGUGAUUGGCACGUUAAAUCUAUUAGCUGGGAUCGUUGAAUAGCUUUUGUUAAAUGGAAUGAAACUUUUCAUUGUAAAUAGAGAAACUAUAGUAUUUUCCAAGGUGUUAGUGAUUGAAUUAAGUGCAUCAUUUUGGGGAGAUCCUAUAAAGCUUGCAUCACAUAUUUGA